AUGGCUUUUGUAUAUAGAAGUGAAAACAGAGGAACGUAUAUUCCAAAAACUGAAUUAGUGGGACCUGGACAAUAUGAUCACAUCCCUGAAAUAGAAAAUAGGGCCAAUCAUCAUCCCUUCAAUUCAACUGUCGAAAGAAUAAAUAAAUCUGAUAAGCUUAAUCCUAUUCCCGGCCCAGGAACUUACAACCUGCAAGGCUCCUUCGAGUGCCAAAAAGUAAUCUUUUAAUCAGACGAAUAAGAAAUCAAAAUUUUGGAAGUACCUAAACCAAUAUCAGUUUUCAGAUCCACUACUGUGAGAUUUAAGGAGGAUAGAUUUGAAGGACCUAGUCCCACUCAAUACUUUUAAGAUGAAAGGAAGAAAUUUCAUUCAGCCGGCUAAGCCAAUCGGCCUAAAAAACUAAAUGUUUUGGAACAAUUGGCUAGGGAUAACAAAUACUUAAGCAUACCCUCAAUUCCUUCUAAUGUUCAUCAAGGCUACAUUGAGAAUAAAGACAAUCAGUUGGAAUAAAAUCCUGUUGACAUAUCUUAUGAUAUUGGACCCGGAUCGUACGAUCUUAAAAGUACAUUCAACAAUACAAAACCAAGAGGAGUAUCAUGGCAUAAGCCAAGAAGCUAAGACAAAAAAGACAAUUAGUCACCUAUCGGCCCUGGUUAUUAUGACAUAUGCGGUCAAUCCUAACCUAUGUACUAAAUGAAACCAACCACAGCAUUCAGUUCUAAACAAAGUCGCUAAUCGGAUUUCAAAUUUUAAAAUCUCAAAAACAACACUGGAUAUAUCAAAAAAGGAUUGGAUAAUAAAUAAUAUAGUUUUCAUCAAUCUACUAAUCCAGCAACUACAGCCAGAGAAACUGAUGUUGAUUCAGAAUAUAGUUACAUUGAAGAUGCAACACCAGGUCCUGGUUACUAUGAAAAUGCCUCUACUCAGUAAACGAUUUCUUAAUUUUUAAAUAAAUCUUAAGCUAAAGGCUCGAUUAAAACUAGAACUAAAAGAUUUCAAUCAAAAUCAUAGCAUACUCCUGGUCCUGGCAGUUAUUAAUUGGAAGUAACUGCUCAUCGACAUAAAGGUGCUUAACCUCCAUUUUUGAUAAGCAAAACUAGGUUUGAAGAAUAACAGUCAGAGACUCCUGCUCCUGGGUCAUAUAAAGCUGCGAAUACUAUAGAAUAGAGAUUGAUCUCAAAAUUAAUGAAGGCUCCUUUAGGAUAGUUUGGAGCUAAUGAGAAUAGAUUCAAAGAACAAAAGUUAUUGGUUCCUGGUCCUGGGGCAUAUGAAGUUGAUAAACUUGAUGAUGCAAAAAAAGACAAGAAAUUACCAGAACAAAAGGGAACAUACGCUUUUAUGAGUCACGCUCCAAAAAGUUAGGAUUUAUCAAUCCCAAACAUCAAUCCAGCUCCAGGUGCAUAUAAUGUUAAUUCACAUACAAUUGCUAAUAAAAUUAUCAAACCAGAAGAAGAUGAUCCUAAAUUGGCAGUUAUUAAACCACCAUUUGGUGUUGGUGCUGAAAGAUGGAAGAUAAAAGAAGUAAAUGAAGAUGAAGAAGAUGAUGAACCUCCUUAUUUAGAAAAAUCACCAUAAAAUUAAUUAGGAUUAUUUAAAAAGAAAAAGAAAGAUCCUCCUCCAUUUAUGUGCAAAUAAGAACGAUUUUCAAAAAGUGUUCCAAAAAAUAAUCUACCUGGUCCUAUGGAUUAUGCAGAUGGGAUGUUUUCCAAUUGGAAUAAAAGAACAUUCAAUAUAAUUUUUGCUGAAAUUUGA